AUGAAACACGUACGGACACGUGCUAUAUCUGAAAAAACCUGUGAAGACACAAUUAUCCUGUCUUAUCUUCCCUUAUCUUGCCUCAAAGCAUCCAGUGAGGCCAGGACCUCAUUUUGCUGCUGUUGUUCACACAGGUGUGUGACUGAAAGUCAGCAAGCGUCUGAAAUGCUGUUCGAGCGAGCGGUAGCUUCCGAAGGCGCAAAGAAGAUGCGACUCGCAGUCCUGCUCCUCUGUGAUUGA